CCACCAUGACAUCAUACAGGUCCAUCGCUGGGUCCUGGCCAUAAGUUCUCCAGUCUUCGAGGCCAUGCUGUAUGGUCCCCUGGCCGAGGGUGACCUGCUGCACCUUCCGGAAGACCCUCCUGAAGCCUUCAACUGGCUCCUAGAUCAUAUAUACCUCAACCACAGCCAGCUGCCGGGGGUGCAGCUGGCUCUCCAAGUAUACCAGCUAGCUGCUAAGUACCAGAUGGAUCCUCUGUGCAAGCUGUGCUCCCAGUAUUUGGUUCAAGAAGUGACGGCGAGCACCUUCCCUGGUGUAUAUGAGACAGCACUGAUGUUGGAAGAUGAUCAAUUGCUGGCUAAGUGUGCACAGGUAAGUUGUUGCAUUAGAGGGCCUAUGACGGCUUGUGCCGUGUGAGGGUUUAUAGAGCCACUGACAGCAUGUGCCGUAUGGAACCCAGGUCAGCAUGACACACUACACACAAGGCUAGAUUAAAGCUAGGCUAUAAGUAUCUUUGGCAGUACUGUUCGUAUGGAGAUGUCAAUGAUAUAAAAUGCAAAGCGUGUGGACAGAGAUAGGGCCAUAUACUGGUGUGUGGA